GGGAGUUAGAUGUUACUCAAAGAUAUCUGGAUCUUUAACAACGUUUUGUAAUCUAACGUCUCAAAUAUUUCAUAACUUAAACACUGAUAAGGUAUUUGUAAGACAUCGAUCUACCAACCACAUGAGCUUAACUGUCUUGUAGUUGCACGUGAAAGCUACAGACCGACAAGUCAUGUAAACAGUCAUACAUUACCAGAUAUCUGUUCUGUCUUCACAAUUCUAAUCUUUUAUAUACAGACACAAAACUAAACACAAUACCUUCUCCAUUUACUCUUUCAUGUAUCUGCUAGGUUUAUAAGACAACAUCUUCAAAUGAAAACAGUUUUUCAACUCCGUGAACUUUUUUCCGAAUGGACUUCAAGCUGCUUCAAGCUCUCAUUCAGCUCGUCUUGAGCCCUCGGGUUCCAAAGAAUGUACUGCGGUUUAUCUUUUUAAUUAUGCGCAAGAUGUUUGUUUACAUCAAGAUGACUCAAGAUGGCUGCAGACGGUGAAGAAAUGGCUGAAAGUCCCGUUUCUUUAAAAGGCUUCGAGCUCAGGAGUCCGACAUCAUUUAUCAACUCACCAUUAGCUUUUACCAAGGAUAUAACACGAGUUCCUCUUCAAAGAAUCCGAUGCGGGAAACUUGACAUUAGAAACGAAGAGCGCUGGCUGGAAUAUGAACCGCUGUCAAGAAACUUGAAGUUCCUUUACAAAGAUAGAAAGCACUUCGAUCAUGAAUACUGCACUUUCCUUAACUGUCAACAGAUCUCCGCAGCGGAUCUGCGCGUCAGUGCAAAGUUCGGUUACCUCGAUGCAAUGACAGGAACGCUUACUGUUGAGUGCCAAGAGCUCGUCGAAAUCGACGGUCCUCAUCACAGGGGGAGUUCUGCGUCGUCGAGAAGUUACGUUCUGGAGGCGACUUUUCACGUCAACUACACUGGCCAAGUCAGGGAUAUACUUCGUUCUUUGCGGCACGCAAAGCUAGUGGAGUCUGCAUCAGAUUGUGAAACAUUCCCGGGGGAAGGCGCGACACGGGGAGUGGCCGACAUAGCCAUGCCUUGUAGUGAGAAGAAACUACGAGAGGGGCUUCCUGAUUGGACACCGUACAUUCCUCAUCGAGUAUACACGCCAGCUGUGCGCAAACUAAUCGAAUCAGUGAUCACGCUGUACACGAUCUUUUCCAUCUUGUGGGCCGUGUGGCAACUGUACCGCCAUGUUGAUUUCAUAAGAGCUUAUGUUCAGCCCAUCAUCGACACUCUAAAGUACCAUGUCGAACUCAUGGACAAGUGCAUCCAGUUUUUAAACAGUUUGUUUGAGGAGAUGACUAAACAGUGGCUUGCAUACGUCAAACCAGGAUAUGUCAUCUUAUCUUCAUUUGCAUCGCCCCUGAUUGCUGUUGGACGAGAAAUGUGGACUGCAUUUGUGAGCAUUUCAGCAGCAUUUGCACUGUUUUUUCAGCCCCUUUACCACGUUUUUGAGCCUCUCUUUAAAGUAAUAUACAUGGUAUUUAUUAAGACACCAUACACAAUCUUCCAGCCGGCUUUCGCUGUGGGAGUAAAAUGUUGUUCCCUGUGUUACAAUACUGUGUUUUGUCAUGUUGUCUUAUCACAGCUUAAUCGCAUCAGAGGUUCACUUGGUUGGUUGGUGGAAAUUCUUGAAAAGAGCAUGAAACUUGAUCCUUUAAAAGCCCAGCUUGUUCUGAUGAGAUCAACUGUAAUCAACAGUGGCAAAGCCCUGAGUCUUGGCCUGGUGUACAUAUUUAAAAGCAUUGAACGAAGAGUGUGGUUGAUGAUUGCUAGGCCAGUCGACAAUAAAGAUGAUUGAAGUCUUAAGAAAAACGGUUACUGAAAAAGGCGCUAUUUGUUUUAGGUGUGUUGAUGAAAUGCAUCAUAUACUGUGCAGUAUGUUUAAAAGUGUUAUUACAAGGUUGUUUGGAAUAUGAGGAAAGUUUUUCCUAAAAUACCAGGAUCUCUCCAAAUCUGUAGAUCUAUGACCAGAGACUUUGGCAAAAUUAUUUAACAUCUUAUGGCAGGGAAACCAGUUGACAUUAUUUUCAAAGAUGUUUAAAUUUUCAUUUUAAAUUAUUGAAUUUACAUUGUUCUAUGCUCAUCUAAGUUCGAAUUUUGUAUGUAGAGUAAUAACCCUUUCAGUACCAGAGUCAUACCAUACAUGUGUCCUGCAUGUUCAGCAAUGAAGUAAAAACUGCAUGUAUACAGAAGUACCUAGUUCAUGUGAUGCUGGUUGGAAUAUUUUUUUUGUUCUAUUUUUUCAUGUUACAAGUACACCUAGAAAUGGAAGGGUUGAUUCACUUAUUUUUGAGUGAAUUAAAAACAAAAAACUUCAAGGCCAGUUUGGUUCAUUUAGGGACCAUUAUUUACUGACAGUGAGCAAAUCUUGUAAGGAAUGAACGUCAAUAUGAACUAAUAUAAUGGUAUGUCUCAGAGAGACCAGAAAAAUGCUAGAAAUUUUGUAUGAAUUAGACAUUCUGUUUAUGCAGACACCCUGUUGUGUCUGUCCUAAAUAAUGUGUUUAUCUAACUAUUAUCGUCUAUUAAUGAUCACAAGUAAAAACUAUUGCCAUAUUUUUAUUGGUCAUGUUGCAAUGGGUUUUAGCUGAUGUUUCUUGAUAUAUUUUAUUACAACAUUAUGGUGUGUUUUUUAAUUAUUUAUAUUACAAAAAAGUUAUUUUGAAAAAUUAUCAGAGGUUUAAGGACAGUGAACUUAUUAUAUUUUCACCUUCAAAUUAUGUAUUACAAAAUACUGAACAAUAUACAAGACAAUAUUUAUGAUGAAGAUUUAUUUAAAUAGAUUUUGAUAACUUAGACUAGAAAAUGCGAUAGGCUAGGGCUGAUUAACUUGAGAAGCUGUCAAAAAAUGACAGUCUACAAGUAUGCUGUUUCCAUUGUUCAAUAGAUUUAAUAGUCUGGGAUUGUUGACUGAACAGACAAUGAACUCAGCUCUUGAAAUUUUAAAAUUGCUGGCCCUAAAUGUUGUGGACAGAGAUAAAAUACACACUGAUCUACAUGUGCAUGCAUGGUUAAGAUUGUUAUUUAAUCAAAUUUAUUUAUGAGCAUAAUAACUUGUUAAUAUUCAGGAAUCCAAAUAAAAUAUUAAAAAGAAUACAAAUUAUAAUGUAUGCUGAUUCUUCAGUAAAGAGUAACUAAAGGUGAUGCCCUGUAACAAAAUUAUAACAACCAGUAAGCUUUCAAACGACAACAUUGAGGGUGAUGAAAUAACAAGGGAGAACAGGACUUGUGUUGAAAUUCCAACAGUGAAGUACAUACCUUUGGAUAUCGCUAAAUAAAAAGGCUUGAAAUUCUUGUGGGACGUGCAUUUACACUCCUGAUGUCUCCUAACAGGGCCACAAAGAUACCCUUCUCUGCACCUCUCCCAUCAGCUACACAAAAAGGACAACAAGCGAGAAUUAACACCUACUGUCACUUGAACAAGAUGGGGAUCUUUCGACACACGUCUGCCCCACCCGCACCCCUCCCUAGAUCCCUCCCCCUUCAAACUCUUUCUAGGUCUCCGCGGACAAGUGCCACCAAACCGUGGUGCGACCAGCGGUCACAACGAACAAAAUUCAACAUGGCGGCCAAGGUUCGUCCAACAUGCGUUCGUCCAUCGAUAGCUGCUUUGCGGUUGUGUGGAUCAAGUGCUUUCAGAUGUUUAGAAAGUGUUAACAGCAAUCAGCGGUCUACAGAGGAAUCCCGUUGCUUUCACUCUUCUGGUAAAGCACCAAUCAUCAUAGUUUGUACCGCAUUACUACAUCCUCCCCCACUCCCCCGUCCCGCCGCCAUCCAUUGAAGGGUUCCCUGAAAAAAAAAAAAACUUUAAAGAAAUGUAUGCCAUUGCCUGAGAAACUCCAUUACAAUGUCAAAAUGGAAGAAGAUAUCUCCCCCUCCCAAUAUCUUUUCACCCCUUUUUCCCCUCUGGAUAUCCAAGGUCCAGGGUUCAUACAGGUCAUGGAAAACCUGGAAAGUCAUGGAAUUUGUUAUUUUCAUUUUCCAGUCCUGGA